UGAGAGCCAGUCUUGUGUGGUGACUCGUGGGGAGAGGAGUGAUGCUGUGCCUCGCUAUGGCCCUCCCUGCUACUUCCACUGCAGCAUCUCAACCACAGGCAUCCCCCAGGACCUGAAGGAGUCUGUGUAAGGACGCUGGUGACGCUGUGACGGCUGUGGAUUAAGUGAUUCUCGCGGUGGUGGUCUACAGUACUUGUGACGCUGGAAGUUACAGAUUGUGGCAGCAGGAUGUACGCCCUGGAGGUGGAGCGUGUGGUGGCCGGCCUGUGUGCCGGGCAGAAGCUGGAGCGUGAUAGGGCAGUGGCUGACCUCAACCUGAAGGUGAAGACGUACUCCCCCGAGCUGGUGCAGAUUCUCCACACUGCCAUCCUGGACAUCCUUACGGACUCCACUAGCCCCUGGGAGAGUAAGCAUGGGGGCCUGCUGGGGAUGAGAGCCAUGAUGAUGGUGAGCACUGCAGAUCCUGAGAACCCCAUGCUGGCUGAGGUUAGGCAGGCAGCACUCAGGCUUCUCACGCACCAGGAAGUGAGGGUCAGAGGAGCUGCAGGAGAGGUGCUGGGGGCCCUCUGCCAGCAGGAUGGUGGGGCCACCUACACUGCCAGCUGCAGCACUGUCUUGCAACUCAUACGCAGCAACCUGGAGAGAGAGGUGACGGAUGACGAGGCCUCCCGCAGCGAGCAUGAGAAUACCCGCAUACUGAUGGAAAAGCUCUCAGCUGGCACCAGGGAGAGGAGAAACAGCGGUGAUGCAGCACAAAUCUUCCACGACACGGCUGGCUGGAGGAAUCUUGAGACCAGCAUGAAGUGUCUGGAGCACAUGAUUAUUGGGACGGGACACAAGUUCCUUCCUUUCAUCAACCAGGACUUGCUGGACCUCAUCUUUAAAGCACUGACCCACACCAAUCGUUUUGUGAGGGAGACGGGCUUCAGCGUGUGUGGGGCGCUGGUGUCUUGUGGAGCCGAGGAGGGUGCCGAGCUGCUGGAGAGCAACCCUAUGUUUACAUUUGGUGAUCAGCUGACACAGCAUCUUGGCAAAGGCCUUGCUGAUAAUUGGAGUCAGGUCCGCUUGGCAUCUUCAGUGGCCACGCGCAAGUUCCUGAUCUCACUGCCGCCUGCUGCCCGUGAGCGCUUCUACCCAACGCUGCUGCCUCGUCUCUGUCUCAACAGGUACUACGUAGCAGAAGGUGUUCGUCUGUACUCCCAAGAGACAUGGCGGCAGGUGACUGGUGCUGAGGGCAAGACGCUGGUGGAGAAGUACAUUGAUUCUGUGGUGAGCUACUACAUCGAGGCUACAGGUGCAGACAACCAUGCAGUGCGGGAAGCUGCCUGUGCCUGCAUUGCUGAACUCGCCCUCAAGCUCACCACAGACGCAGUGAGGGACCACGUCCCUCGCCUCCUGCAUGCCCUCACUGUCUGCUUCACUGAUGACUCCUGGCCUGUGCGGGAUGCUGCCUGUGUGGCAUGCGGCAAUUUCAUCCUUUGUUUCCCGGAGGAGGCUCUGAGUUCAAUGGAGGAGCUGUACCCACUCUUCUUUACUAACCUGGAGGACAACAUCCCAUCUGUGCGCCAGGGAGCUGCAGUAGCCAUCGCCAAUGUGGUGCGGGCGUAUGGGAAGGACUCGCUGCCCCUGGUGGUGGAGAGGCUGCAUGGUGGGCUGAAGGGCAUAGAGGAGCAACCGUCGGAGAGUGAGCGGUAUGGCAGCUUGGAGGGCGGCCUCAGCACCUAUGGAGUGGUGAAGAGGAAGCGGGAUAAUGACAUGGACCUGCACUCCAACAAGCAGAUGUACUCCUGUGGGUCACUGGCACCCAAGAUGGGGAGAGGAGGCGGUGGGUGCUCCGACUGCAGGUUCCGCCGUCCACCACAGCUGUGGGAGAGAGCCGACGGGUGCAUCUACCUGGCGGGGGAGUUAGCAGGAGUACCUGAGGCUGCAGCGGAGGUGACAGCCUGCCUGCCCAUGAUGGCAGAGGCUGUGCGGCACAAGCACUACACCAGCCACGUCACGCUGCUAGAGACACUCUGCAAGACACUGCCACACCUCGCCCGUGGCCUCAGCAAGCGGGUCUUCAAAACACACCUGCACCUCUUCCUGGACUCCAUCUUCUAUGCCUUGGAGUGUGAGAAUGCCCUUACUUCCUCUGCUGCCAGCCAGUGUCUCAGUCAACUUGCUCAGUUGCUCGGACCCAAUAUUCUAAGGGGACGGGUGGAGGAACACAACCCAAGUUAUCUGAGGGCUCUAGAUGCCAACGCCUUCACUGGUCCUCUGUGAUGCUGCGGGGAUGAUGGAACUUGCUGCUUCACCUCCACCCAACCUGGCUGUGCUGGGACAGCUGGCUGGAGGCAACACCACUACAGCAAUGUGGAUCUCUUAUACACUAUGGCUGUGAAUCCUUGGACCUGCUAUGAAAUCCUGCCUCUACUACAUAUUAUCAUUUCUUUAUAAAUUAGAGAACAGCUACAUAAAAAAAUCCCAAGAGAAAGCUAAAUGGCAUUCCUUGAAGAGAAAAACAGAGCCUCUUGGAAGUUUACGAUGUGUUGAUGCUCCUCCCUUUAGCAAUAUACAAGUUAACAAAAUAAAGAAAGCAAGCAGCUGUACAAGUUUAUUCUAUGUGAGAUAAAUAUGAAUACAGUAAGACAAAGUUUACCGGUGAAAAGGUCAAGGGACUAAAAGUUAAUCCCUGUGAGAGUGUAGUGGACAGAGUAGGAAAAAGAAUAAUUACAAAGUGAUACAUAGUAAAUCUUGUUAGCUGUGAUAUGAAAAACAAUUAAUUUUCAGGCACAAUUUAAGGAACAAGGGAGUGAUGAUAAUCCUUGUAACAGUAUAGUGGACAGAUGAGUUAACAUAACAGACAAUACACUGAUAUCUGAGGUUUGGUGUGAUAAGACUAUCAUUAGACUUCCAGAUACAGUGACCAAUAAUUUUAAAGCUACAGUCUCAGUCUCUGUAUUGCCCAGCUGACCAAGCACUAACCAUCCCAUAAAUUUUGGAGUACCUAAGGAAACUAUUGCAUACCAUGUACUUGAGCCUUCUAACUACUGUAUCCUUAUAUCUGUGAUGAUCAGCACGCAAGUCCAUGUUCACUAGUUCUUACACCUGAGCUGCUUCUUGCUUCUUUCUAUUUUUGGAGAGUUGAUCUAACUACAGGAAAUGUUCCCAUGUGCCAGUUCUCCUUUUUGUUCACUGCUGUAAAUCUGUUAAAGAAGAAGAAUGUUGUAACUAAAUGCUUUACCUUCUCAGGAACUGGAGUCUUGAGGUCUUCAUGCAAGGAUUGGUUGUAAAGGAAGAAGUAAAUGAUAAUUCUGCUGUUGCUUCAUCCACGUCAUUUAUUUCACCUAAUGAAAACCACACACAGCUUUAUGGGAAGUUUUAUGCUCUGAUUCCUCACUUACGGUGCAUGGCUGGCUCAUGUCAAUCACUAACACCUUGGAUGAUUUAUUUGAAUAACAUUCUGUAGGCAUGCAUUCACAGAAAAUCACAAAUCUACAAAAUGACAAGUUACAAAGUGGCAUUUCUGUUUGUAGGACUGUGUGGCAGCACUGAGGACGGUAUGGUGGUAAUAAUGUAGUGCUUGAACAAAGUGGAGAUGGAGUGUGUCAAAUGGAGACAAAGCUUGGUGCCAAUUACAAGAACAGUGCCAAUGGACUAACUAGUGUGUGGUGCCAAAGAGAUCAGGCAACAUGCAAAAGAAAAGACCUGUCAAGUGAGAAAUACAUGGAAUGCUUUGCUUUUCUGUGUAUCCAGUAACUGGGUAGCAUUGCCUCUCCCAGCCUCUCCUAAACAAGCCAUUCAUCUUCAGGGUUUCAGGGUGAGAGCAGCUUUGCAGUGUUAUUCUUCUUUUGCUUCCUAGAGGUUAUGAAUUUGGUUCUGACUCGGCUGUUCCUUGGUGGGAGAGGCAAUGCUGGAGAACAUAAUCUGCUGUACAAGAACCUGUUGCUGUGCUAUAACUUGAUCCAUUUCCAUGUUUACUUUUCCUACUUCAUCACGCACCUCGAAUGCAGCUGUCAAGUGUCCGUUAUUGGUGUGAGGUGUGUUCUGUAAAUAGAGAGGUACAUAUAUAUGUUAUGGGCCAUAAUCCAGGGUAGUAUAUUAAUGAUUAUAACACUAAUGCAAUCACAAACUAGCUGUAAUAUCAUGGUUCCAGUAUUUGUCCAAGGCAGGAGGAAUUUAAACUGCACUGAUGGUUUAUUUUCUCUCAGUAUGAAGAUUAUAGAGAGAGAGAUGGCAGGCUGGCAUUAUCUUGGUGUGUAUGUUGCAAUGUUAUGUCAAUAAAAGAUAAAAGGUA